AUGGUUUCGGAUGACCUUGACAAAAUCCAAAAUGGAGGAAUCCCUCAUGAGCCGCACGCGUCUUGGUGUGGUGGCGCUGAUGGGCCAGGAGAGCCCGGUCCGCUGCAGCCUGUGGGCCCGCCCGGGGGCCACGGCCCUGACCGGAGCGCCGCCCGAGGAGGCGACACCGAGGGCGCCCACUACGACCACGGUUCAGCCCACUACGACCACGGCUCAGUCCACCACGACCACGGUUCAGCCCACUACGACCACGGCUCAGUCCACCACGACCACGGUUCAGCCCACUACGACCACGGCUCAGUCCACCACGACCACGGCUCAGUCCACCACGACCACGGUUCAGCCCACUACGACCACGGCUCAGUCCACCACGACCACGGCUCAGUCCACCACGACCACGGUUCAGUCCACCACGACCACGGUUCAGCCCACUACGACCACGGUUCAGUCCACCACGACCACAGUUCAGCCCACCACGACCACAGUUCAGCCCACUACGACCACGGUUCAGCCCACCACGACCACGGCUCAGUCCACCAUGACCACGGUUCAGCCCACCACGACCACGGCUCAGUCCACCAUGACCACGGUUCAGCCCACCACGACCACGGCUCAGUCCACCACGACCACGGUUCAGCCCACCACGACCCAGGCUCAGCCCACUACGACCACGGUUCAGCCCACUACGACCACGGUUCAGCCCACUACGACCACGGCUCAGUCCACCACGACCACGGUUCAGCCCACUACGACCACGUCCACCACGACCACGGUUCAGCCCACCACGACCACGGCUCAGUCCACCACGACCACGGCUCAGUCCACCACGACCACGGUUCAGUCCACCACGACCACGGUUCAGCCCACUACGACCACGGUUCAGUCCACCACGACCACAGUUCAGCCCACCACGACCACAGUUCAGCCCACUACGACCACGGUUCAGCCCACCACGACCACGGCUCAGUCCACCACGACCACGGUUCAGCCCACCACGACCCAGGCUCAGCCCACUACGACCACGGUUCAGCCCACUACGACCACGGUUCAGCCCACUACGACCACGGCUCAGUCCACUACGACCACGGUUCAGCCCAGUACGACCACGGUUCAGCCCACUACGACCACCUGACCUACAUGUGUAUUUCUGGGCCUCCUGAGGCGUCCUGGUGGUUCAGGCCCGGUGGUCCAGGCCCGGUGGUCCAGGCCUGGUGGCAGUGA